AUGCCGUCCGACUUGGCAUACUGGAUCAUCUCGGUGCCAUUGGAGGACUCGGAUCCUCACCGCAUGUUCUCCGAGCUCGGCAGCAAGCUGCUCUCGGACGGCGGUUCUGCAUCCAACGACUUUGGCCAGCUCAGCUUUCCUCCGCUGAAAACGGGAACCUUGGAAUCGCUCAUCUCGCUCAGCGAAGACCUGCCGAAGCUCGAUGGGCAAUACACGCAGAUCGUGGCCAAGAUCAUCGACACGCUGCGUGCGCUGCUCAACAACGACGAGGCGGCGUUGUCGCAGCACGUGCUGGUCAACGAGCAGAGUUUGGACGACUACAUGCUGGGCUGGGCUUGGAAUACGGGCAAGUACCGUGCGGAUCGCGGGCUUAGGGAGACGGUCGAGUCGUUGGGCAAGGAGUUGAGCAGCAUCGACAACGUGAUGAAGCAGAAGCUGGCCAACUACAACGCGGCCAAGGGGCAGCUGCAGCAGUUGCAGCGCAAGAAGCAGGGCAACCUCUCGGUGCGUUCGCUCGCCGAUGUGGUGCACAAGGAGGACUUCGUAGAUGCCGGAUCCGAGUACCUUGAAACGCUACUCGUCGCCGUGCCCAAGAACAAUGUCAAGGACUGGCAGGCGCGUUACGAGCGCUUGACGUCGAUGGUGGUGCCGCGCUCGUCGAACAAGAUCUCAGCCGACGAAGAGUUUGCUCUCUUCAAUGUGACCGUCUUCAAGAAGGUCAAGGACGAAUUCAUUCAGAAGUGUCGCGAGAACAAGUUCAUCGUCCGAACCGACUUCGCCUGGGACGACGACCUGGUAGCGCGUCAACGACAAGAACUCGAACAAGCGGGCGAUAGCGAAAAGGAGCUGUGGACCGAACUUCUUCGUCUAGCAAGGACCAACUUCAGCGAAGCGUACCAGGCACUCGCGCAUCUCAAAGUGGUCAGGACGUAUGUCGAGAGCGUGCUUCGGUACGGUCUGCCUGCCGACUACUUUGCGGUAUCGAUCCGACCCAAUCCGAAGAGGACAAAGGCGUUGAUGACGACGCUGGUCAACCACUACGCUUACCUAGAGAGCUACGGCCAGAGUGGGAACGCGAAGGGCAAGAAGAAGAACAGCGAUGGCAAUGCGGGCGAUGCUCCGGGCGAAUACGCUCAGCUGCUCGAGGAGGAGCAGUUUCCGUUUGUCAUCACUGAGCAGUACAUGGUGGCUGCUUGA